AUGGCUCAAGAGAAGCCAAAGUUCCAGCCACUUCGAUCUUUGGGUGUUCUAGAAAAAUAUCUGGUCAAACGAAGUCGAAUAGGUGUUUAUCAAAAGGUUGCGAUCACCGCGAGGUACAGAUGCAGAAACAUUAAGACGUUGAGACCUGCUUUGUUCGCUGCUUUGGCUGCCGUUAUAUCGAAACAUCCGAGUCUCUCAGUUACGUCUGUUGACGUUGACUCAGGAGUACCGUACUUCGCCCGUCUACCAAUCAUCGACCUGGACAAAAUCAUUACAUUUACUGAGUUUGAUGAGCUUGCUGAUCAGCAUGGAAGAUUUCCUGCUCUGGAUGCCCUUCUUGCGCAUGAGCAUACCCAGGCGUGGGAGUAUAUGUCAUUACCGUUGUGGCGGAUGCAUGUCCUCCAGAAUCGAGGCAAUUUUUCGGAGUUCAUACUGUGCUACUUCUUCCAUCAUUGCAUUGGAGAUACGAAGAGUGCUCUUGUGCUGCACCAGGCUGUCGAGACUGCGCUUAACGAUUCACUGGAAAGGGAGCCAGUCUCUGUGGUGGACACACCUGACUUACCACUCCUGCCACCGUUGGAGGCCUUGAGAGGAUUGGCAGAGCGCAAUGGGUCAGAAAAUCAAGAGCAGUCAUUGCAUAUAUGGUCAGGCGCAGUACAACACCUACCUGUACAAACUAAGGUCACAUCCUUGUGGCUUUCUCAAGAAGAGACGACGGGAUUGUUGCAGGUCAGUAAAUACCAUGGCGUGUCCUUGACGGCAACCUUGGAGGCCAUGCUCGUUGCAGCCCUUUUCACACAUGUACCGCCUGAUUAUACCACAAUCAAAUCCGAUUGCGCCGUUUCUCUGCGCCAGUGGCUCCCAAAUCCCAUCAAUGCAGAUUCGAUGGGGGUGUUUGUCGACACUUUCUUCAUGACGCACGAGCGAGCUCCUUUCACGUGGGAGGAAGCCAGAAGGAUAAAGAACAGGAUUGACCAGGUCAUGCAGGAGAAGGGAGGAGAUGGCCUGCUUGAAAAGCUAUCACGUAUCGCAGACUUCGAGAGCUGGAUGAAGGGGAAGAUGGGUCGACGAAGGACUACUUCCUUGGAGUUGUCGAAUGUUGGACAUCUGGGCCCGUCGCAAGCAGACAAAGAUUAUCAGAUCGAAAGCCUGCUUUUCAGUCAGAGUGCUGGCGCGAGUAGUGGAGCCAUCAAGGUCAGCGCAGUGUCUGGUAGAGAUGGACGACUGACGCUGGGGUUUUCGUGGCAAGAAGGGGUGGUUGAGAAUCAGGUCGUCCAAGAUGUGGUCCGGGAGUUUCACCGCAUCCUAGAUGAUCAAAUAUAA